GCGUUUAAGCGGUUUGCUUGUUUUUCUAUGGACGGAUACAAUUUUCUGUACUGAUGGUGAAUAUUUCUGCUAUUUGGCCCUGUUGUUAUUACUUGGGUUCGGUUGUUUAUGUUCGCGCACGUUCAACGACGCCGAAGUCAGCGUCAUAGUAUGUGUCGUCGCUCUCAAGAAAAUACGAGACACUCCGAUGCGUAUAUAGCGUACUUGCUUGCACUUCCGUGCUGAGCCGAUGUUUGGUUCUGCAUCCGUCUCUAUUUUCGGUGUGUGUUUGGGUUUAUUGUGCAAAACAGCAAAAUUAAAGUGCAAAGUGUUUGUUAGCAAAGCGAAAAUUCCUAAAAGAAAACAGAAAAUUGUGAAUUUUUUCACACAUAUUGAAAAUAGCGUAAUUUGCAAAAAAAACUACCGAAAAUGUUUAAUUAAUGCAUCAUACACGUAAUCUUCGGUGGUGUUUACGCAUACUGCAGUUUUGCGGCAAAUAGUUAAAGAAAUCAUAUGCUAAAAACCGAAGCAAUAAAACCAACCGAAUCGAAAACAGACACAGCAGGUGUCUGAGAAAGGGAAGUGCAUAAGCAAUAAUAAAACACAAAAACAACGAAAAACAAAACCGAGAUUUACUUAAACAACCAACCACCUGUGUGAAAAAGUGAUAAAAAAAAAUUACUGAAUACAAUCAUCGCAAUAGCUCGUCAUCAGAUCCUCGAAAUUCUACAGAUCUUCAAGCAAUACUAACUCCAGGGAGCUCGACUCAGCUCGGCGUCUCGUGUUUUUCGGUGCUGCCGGCUUUUCUUUGUGAUAGUUUUUAUUUGCUACCUCCAGCGAACAAGCGACAGUUGGUGCCCUGCAGCACUUGCAGACCACCUCCGCGGCAGCUGCCAGCGUCAUGGGCAGCGUUUGGAAGCGUUUGCAGCGCGUAAAUAAACGUGCCGCAAAAUUUCAAUUUACCUCGUCUUAUCAUGAAUUGCGUUUGGAAACUACCGCCAAAUGGCGUCCUUCAAAUUUAUCCGUUGUUUGGACCCGCCGCUCUCGCCGUGUGGUCUCAGCGCCAUUGGGCUGGGAACCGGAUAUGGUGAAUCCGUUGGUUGGUCAUAUAUCAUGGCCGGUGCCGGAUAAUCAUUCAAUCUCGGUGACACUUUUCAAAGAUCCACGCACCCACGAACUAGAGGAUAAGGACUGGACAUUUGUAAUUGAAGAUAUAACCCCACUUGGCAAGAAACGUGUUCUAGCCUCAGCAAGUAUAAAUAUGCGCAAAUAUGCCAGUAUCGAAUCGACGCAACAGAGUUUUACGCUAAGCUUGAAGCCGACUUCGCGCAAGAUCACCGCUGCCGAAUUGGAAUUGACCCUUAGCUGUGUAUUUCUGCGCGAGGGCAAGGCGACCGAUGAGGAUAUGCAAAGCGUCGUUUCUCUAAUGUCUGUUAACAAUAAUUGUGAUGUUGCUCCACUGGAUGACCUAGAGGAUAUACCUGAUCUGGAGAGCUCGGGUGAUAUUUCGGAUCAUUUGUAUGAUUUCACGCAACAGUUGGAGCAAAUGACGACCAGUUUGAACGGUUGUAUUGAUCUGCCAACGCCAUUGAGUGUUCCUUCCUUGUCCGAAGAUCCAACUCCAUUGGCCGAACAUAAUCGUUUGAAUUUUGAAUUCGAAUCAGAAAAACAAUUUGGCUUCGACACAACAACAAGCGAUGAGCUCUUAAAGACACCAAGCGCCGCGCAACCUCAGACUCAAGAAGAUCAACAACAACAGCGGCAGCUGGAAAAAGUCUCAGCUGAUGCUGUUCACGAAACGAAGCAAACAGUUCCUGUGCUGACACCUGCCAAUCCACUAGAAAGCACCAGCGUGCUGCCGACAGCACUGAAGAACAAAAUUAUAACAUCCACACCGAUCGCUGCCGCCAACGGCACCGCCACUGUACCCAAGGAGAGCGAAAUCAAGAAGAUGAGCGAAGCGAAGGAUGUUGAUGCGCGACGCUCACUAAUUUUCCAAGCCAAUAAAAGUAGCGGUGAUGAUACAGCGGUGCAGACGAGUAAAGACGGAAGCAAAGUGCUUGGUGAGGAGGAAGAGGUGGCAGCACCUGUUGUCAACGCAGAUGAGAAGUUCGCGAAGGCAAGUAACAACAAGUCAACAACUCUUAGCUCUUUGCUGUCUGUGUCUACUACUAUUCCUACAACAACAACUAAUACAUCAAGUAAGACCGUUGAGCUUGAAGAUUCGAAGAAGAAGCACACUAGUGCUGGCAGCGGCAACUUGGCGCCACCAAAACCCGCACGCAAUGACUCAAAACGCGCCGAACUGCAGCCGCUCAACCUGAAGAAGAGCUACGAACAUGACAACCAACCAAAUAGCAAUAACAGCAAAAGCAAUAACACGGCCAUCAGCUAUAGCAACACCAACAACAACAAUCAUUUGAACAGCCUUAACAGCAACAACAGCCUGCAGCUGAACGGCUCAGCCAAGCCGGUGGAGAAAAUCGUGUUGAAGGAGAAUACGCCUGGGCAGGACUUGCUGGAGUGGUGCAAGGAGGUAACGAAGGACUAUCCAACAGUGAAGGUAACCAAUUUGACCACCAGUUGGCGCAACGGCAUUGCAUUCUGCGCUAUCAUACACCAUUUUGAGCCGGACUUGAUUGACAUGACGAAACUCUCCGCGCACGAUGUGGUCGGCAAUUGUCGCACCGCCUUCGAUGCCGCCGAAUCGUUGGGUAUACCACGUGUCAUUGAGCCGCGUGAUAUGAGUUUGCUCGCCGUGCCGGACAAAUUGGCUGUGAUGACGUAUCUCCAUCAGUUGCGUGCGCAUUUCACCGGCAAACAAUUGCAUAUUGAGCAAAUUGGUCCCACAUCGGACGAGUCGAGUUAUGUGAUUGGCAAUUACAAGUCGGACAAUCUCUCGCAAAAUCUACUCAAUUUAAGUCACUUGAAGGCGCAAUUGCUGCAUCAGAACUCACUGGAUGAGGACAUCUUCAGUGCGGAGACGAAAAAUAAUUCAACGCCAGCGCAGCCAUCGCCCACAGCGAAAAAAGAUGUAAAGAACUUAAUACUAUCCGGUUCGAAAAAUAUUUUGGGUAAAGUGCUCUCGCCCGGAAAAGAUAAGAACACGAUCAAUGCGUCGCAACACGGCAGUAAUGUGGGUAAUCAGACGCCACCGGCGGAGGAUAAAGAGAAUACGAAUGUUGGAAUUGGCGGUGGCGGUGCUCACGACAAUGCCGAGACGCAUAUUAUUGUUCCAACGGAAGAGUCGUUCAAAUUGAACUCCAUGUCAGCGGACAGACAGCAACAGCUGGUGGCGCCUCACUCGCCCACUGCCCUGGAUCCGAGUGCAGCGAAUCGCAUCUUGUCGCGUCACAAGGAAAUGAGCGAAAAGGCCAAGUUGAUGAUUGAAAAGCUGAAAAUUUCCAAUGGCGCAGAGCGUAACGAGAACGACGAGGAGCGUAAGCAGCGUUUGCGGGAACAGGCGCGUCGGCUUAUACUCGAGACGCGUACGAAAUCAGUUAACGGCUCCAGUAACGGUGGCAGUCUCGACAGUCCAACCACACCGACCAAGCUGAAGCGCAUGAACUUCUCACCUGAACGCACCAUUUCGCCCAUUCCCAAUGGCAUCGAUGAGUAUGGUGUGCCGAGCUCGCCGACUAAGAUGCCAAUGUCGCCGUCGAAGAAGAUAACGCCGCCGCGCGAUGUGGACGCAUCCUCGGCGCCGGGACACACAACAAAUAGUAAUAGUAAAAUGAGUCCUAGUCAUAGAUUAAGCGAACGCUUCAGUAAUGGCACAAGCAAUAGCGGCAACAGCAGUCCGCUACAGUCAUUUAAUGCCGUAAUGGAGCGUAUUUCACCAAAGAAUGAUAAGAAGGGCGACAAACGCUCCUAUAUUGAAUCGGAACUGGAGGCGCUCGAACGCGAGCAGGAAGCCAUCGAUCAGAAGGCCAGCUGCCUGGAGAAGAAACUGCGCGCAGUCAUGAGCGGCAAUCCAAGUAAUAAUCGUUCACAGCGUAACCCCUUUCUUAGAUUGAUACGCAAUAGUAUUGGUGGUGGUGAUAGUAUACGUAUUAAAUUGCUCGAUAUGGAUAGUGAUGGGCAGUUUUCAUGGCCUGCCUCGGGCGAUGACACAUCGCCGUUCACAUCGUCGGGCUCCGUAACGCCCUCCUCGCUGUCUAGCGGCGAAGAGGAGGCACCGUUACGCGCAGACGCUAUGCAUGCGGCGUUGACGGCGGACGCUUCUGUUGGUGUUGGUGUUGAUGACGCUGUAGUUCGUCGACGUCGACGUAAGCGACGACGUCAACAUCGCGAACACAGCGCCUGCCAGCAUCAGCAGCAGCAAUACGUGCCGCCGCACCACCGUCCACGCUCUCAGUCGUGCAUUGUCGAUGCGAAUGAUAAUCAUCGUAAUCAUGAGCAUCAGCAACGACAACAAACCCACAAUAGAUUCAUAAGUAGCCGAAAUUUCACAAACGCUUUUGCGCCGUUCAAUUUUAUGUUUUCCUCCUCCAAUACAAACACAACAACAACCACAGCUUCCUCAAAUCAUUCCUCCUGUGAUAAUCUGCUGCCAAAGAUGCACUUGCAUGCCAUGCCAUCUGACGUUGACGUCGAAGAGGACGACCGGCGCAUGCGUUGCCGAACCGAGGAACCGCCCGGUAGCCGAAGGCGUUCGCGUAGUCGCUGCCAGUGCCAUUGUCGCGUUGGUGGCGUUGAAGGUGGUGAAACCGACGAGACGGAGGAGCAAUUGCUUUCGCAGUGGUUUACGCUCGUCAAUAAAAAGAACGCGUUGCUGCGCCGCCAAAUGCAACUCAAUAUACUUGAGCAGGAGAGUGAUUUGGAGCGUAAAUACACGCUUUUAAAUCAAGAAUUGCGAGCCGCACAGUCCGUGGAGGAUUGGCGCAAGACGGAAGCACAACGCGAAAAGGAGCGACUGUUGCUCGAAGAGUUAGUUGCCAUUGUGGAUAAGCGAGAUGAGUUGGUGCAGCAUUUGCAUAGUCAGGAAAUUGCUAUCGAGGACGAUCAUGAGAUUGCGCGCGAGUUGGAGCAAGUGGACAUUAGUGGUGACAAGGACAAGUGUGUCAUACAGUAGAAGGUGCUGCUUGAAAAACAAAAACAAUGACAUAAAACGAAACUUAUGCAUAAAAGCAUACAACUUGAAUAAAUUUAUUCGGUAGUUAGUGUUCUGCAGUUUUUCAAAUAUUGUGUGUAUGAUAUGUAUGUAUGUACACAUACAUAGAUAUAUUUAUAACUGAUGUAUUCAUUUUCUAAAGCAGGCGAUCGUUAUUUAAACAAUUGCUUUAACCCAUUGGCCCAAAUAGCUUAUGAAUUUAUGUAUUCAUAUGUAUAUGUGUACAUAAGUAUAAGUAUGUGUAUCCAAGGAGCGCGUGUAUAUUUUUAAAAGAAAUAAAUAUUUUUUUUAAACUCCAAUACUUUUCGCAAUGUGUACACUUUUUCCAAAAAAGAAAAAAAAAUCAACAGAAAAUAAAACUAAUUCGAAAGAUGUGAAACUUAAUGAACCCCAAAAAAAAAAACUAUUACAACAUCAAAAUAACAGUGUGUCAUCUAUUAUAUAUUGUAAUAAUCAUUUGUAUGGCCGAAUAUGUGAGCUCUCCAAUGCACAAUUUCUUUUAGACAGUAAACGAAUACAUACAUCUUCAACGAUGACAAUUAUUUACAUAUAACGGAUUCGUUCAUUGCAAUAUUUUGUCUAAUAAUUCAAUGAAAAACAUUAAAUAUGGCGAUUGAAGAAUCUAAAUAUUUGAAAGAGUUGCAUAAAGACAAAAUUAAAAGUUGCAAAGGAAGAAAUAAACAAAUACAUAUACAAUUGGUUAAAACGCUUAAAUGCUUAAACUAUUUUAAUGCAAAAAGAAAAA